CGAAUGAUAAAACAACACAAAAAGUUUGUGUAGAAGAGUAGCAAGUAUUUUCAGCAAAAAUAAAAGAAAUAACCAGCAAUGAGCAACCAGUACGGUGGUAAUAAAAAUCCACCAUGGGCAAGGCAAGAUUACAGCAACCAAGGCGCUGCUGGUAUGAUGCAGGCAAAUGUUACCUACCCUUACAAUCAAACACAGACACAGUUUACUCAGCAGCAGUUGACCACAGCGGCAAAUCUUCAAGCCGCACAGGGGGCACUACUCCCACAGCCAAGUCUUGCUCUUACAUCUGCUUUGGCUGGAAGUAACCCACAGGUUGGAGCUGUUAGCUACCCAAUUAAACCACAAGGUAACUCAGGGGCUGUGCCUAACCAGAAACAGAGAAUAUUUACUGGUAGUGUCACCAAGAUGCAUGAAAACUUUGGUUUUGUAGAUGAAGAGGUUUUCUUUCAAGUCAGUUGUGUGAAAGGAAUGAUCCCCAAAGUUGGGGACAAAGUCUUAGUAGAGGCAUCUUACAAUGCUAACAUGCCAUUCAAAUGGAAUGCCACAAGGGUCAUAUCACUGCCUGAUGCUAUGGGCAGCAACCAGAUGUUGGCCCUGCAGCAGCAGCACCAACAACAGCAGCAGCAACAACAGCAACAGCUAAAAGCAAUACAGCAACAGGCCAUUGGUCUGAUGGGAACCUCAGGUAUGAUGGCUGGAAUAGCUGGGCUCUCUGGUGGUCAGGGUUUGUUAAGUAACCCUCCAGGUCCACCACCUCUGAUGACUGGACUAAACAAGUUCCCUGCCGCAGGCAUGUUCAACUCUGGAGGUCGUUCUGGUAUAAACACGGGCCCAGGACUGUUGGGAGACCCUCUCCCUAGGAACAUGAUGUCCAACAAAGAUCAGAGAGGGAUGGGGAUGGGAGGGGGAGGAAAUGAGCCUUUAAAGGAAAGAGAAAGAAGAGACAGAGAGAGGAGAGAAAGGCGUGAAGCAAGACUUAAGAGAUCACGUUCUCCUGUUAACAAGCGAUCCAGAUCACCCCCUAAAAGAUCUCGGUCUCCCCCAUCUCGAGCACGUAGCCCCAGAAGCCCUCCUAAACGUAGAGUCGUUCGACCACCACCAAGAUAUGUGGUUCAAGUGCCAAAGAUUCUAUUGGAUGUCCAAGACGCCUGUGUCGUCUCCUUGAAGAACAAGUACAGUAACCUGUACAUCCCUAGUGAUUUCUUUCAUGCCUCCUUCUCCUGGGUGGAGAAUUUCCCACUGACCCGUCCUUUCACGCUAGGCCAGUCCUGUAAUUUCCAUGUCAUGCACAAAGAUGUCCCCUGUAUCAGGACAGAGACUGUCAUCCUGGAGCCCAGUGAUGCUGAUCAUCUCUUCAGUGCCAAGGUGAUGCUACUGGCCAGCCCCUCUGAAGAUGAGCUGUACAAGAAAUCUUGCUGUCUGGCUGAGGAUCUCCCUGAUGCCAUGGAAAACUUUCAGCAUCCAACUAGGCUGCUACAGUUCCUUGUAGGAACCCGUGGCAAGAAUGAACCCAUGGCUAUUGGCGGCCCGUGGUCACCAUCCCUGGAUGGACCCAACCCUCACACCAACCCCCUGGUUCUCAUCAAGACUGCCAUCAGAACAACUAAAGCCCUGACUGGCAUUGACCUCAGCUCCUGUACUCAAUGGUACCGCUUUGCAGAGAUCCGCUACUUCCGACCAGAGAGUAAACACAAAGACCGGGUGCAGCCUGCCCGGGUGGAAACUGUGGUCAUUUUCUUACCAGAUGUCUGGACUUGCAACCCCACCCGUCUGGAGUGGAAUUCCCUCCAGGCGGCUUAUCAGAAGCAGCUGCAGCUGAAGCUCAACCCUGAAGCUGCUCAGCAACAGGAAGAAGAGGAGAGUGAAGAACAGACAGCUGAAGACAAAGCUGAACCAUCACACUUUUCAACCCUUGAUCCCAAAGUGAUGAAGGUGGGGGACCUGCGACGUGAGCUCGAGCUAAGAAAUAUUAGCCCCAAGGGACUGAAAUCUCAGCUCAUUGCCCGACUUACAAAAAUACUGAAAGCAGAACAGGACAAGGAGCAGGAAGAUAAGGAAAUGGAGGCUGAAAAAGCUGCACAGGAAGAGGAAGCUGCUAAAGUUGAAGAGGAAAAUGAAUCUGAUGAGGAAGAGAAAAGUGAAAGUAAAAAGAAAGAGGAAGAAGAGCAGCAGAGAAAAGAGAAGAGAGAGAAAGCUGUUUUGGAAAGACGCUACAAAUUGCCCGAGACACCAUCUGUAUUGGUUCAUCCUUCACCAACUGCCAAGGGCGGCAAGUUUGAUUGUUCGGUCAUGUCUCUCAGUCUGUUAUUGGACUACAGACCUGAAGAUAACAAAGAGCACUCAUUUGAGGUUUCACUGUUUGCUGAGCUUUUUAAUGAGAUGCUGAUGAGGGACUUUGGUUUUCAAAUCUAUAAAUCCAUUGUCUGUGCACCCACACGCAAGGAAGAAGAUAAGAAGAAAGAGGAGAAAAAAGAGAAGGAUGAGAAAAAAGAAGAAAAGGAUAAACGAGAUGAGAAAGAUGGAAGAGACAGUAAAAAGAAUAACAAAGACAAACAUGAUGAACCUAGCCCAAAGAGAAAGAGAUCGGACGAUAGAGAUGACAGGGAGGACAAGCGAGACAGGGAUGAUGCCACUGAUGAGAACAGUUAUAAUGGGGAUAAAGAUGAUGAGAAUAAAGAUGAUGAGGAUAGAAGAGACAAAGAAGACAAAGAUAAAAAGAAAAAGAAAGAUGAGGAAAAACAAAAGAAAACUGUAGAGCCACAACUUCUGUUGGCCUUUUCCUACUUUGACCAAAACCACUGUGGUUACCUCACAGAUAAAGACACAGAAGAUAUAAUUCACACUUUAGGUCUCAAGUUGUCACGAGCACAAAUUAAAAAACUACUCCAAAGAAUAUUACAGAAAGAUGCGUUUCAUUAUAGGAGGUUAACAGAUUGUGAGGUGGAUGAAAAUAAUGUACCUGUAAAACGUGAUGAUGAGGAGAGUAUUCAGACCAACCCUGAGCAGCUGGCUAAAGGUAACAAAGAAAGUCUUCGCAAGUUGCUGGAACUAUCAGGUGUUAAAACAGAUUCACUGAACCACGGGGGUGCAUCAUCGGCUGCCACUGAUGGAGAAAAUCCUAAUUUUGUUUACUACAAAGGUGCUCUGCUGGAUAUUGAAUCUUUGAUGCAACGCUUGGAUAGAAGUGAAAAGUCUAGAACAGCUUUGGAGAAAAAUAUGCAAGAACUAACAGAUGAACUAAAAACUGUUAAGACAAAUCUGACGGAGGAGGAAACCACAAGUUCUAAACUACAGCACGACUUGCGCAAAGUCCGCAGUGAAUUGGAAAAAGAGAAAUCACUGUAUAGUGCUGCAGAAACUUUAAAUAAAGACUGGCUGCGUACCGCCAAUGAAACCAAGUCACAAGUAAUGAGUGCAUUGAAUAGCUUGAACACGAUGCUAAUCAAAGAUGAAACUAAGUCUAAAGCUGAGGAUCAUAAAACACGGAGUGAUGAACACAAACGCAAGAAAGACAAAGAUGAAGAAAAUAAAGCUGACAGAAAAGAAAAAGACACACAGUCAAUUAAAGAAGAGAUUUAGUGAUUUAUCUUUUAUUAGGACUGAUAUCAGAAUUAUACCUUAUUUUGGUUAAAAAAAAUUGAUAAUUGUAAAAGUGAUUUAUUAUUUACAUUAUUUUACUGUUAUUGGAAAACUUUGUUUGCUCUAUCUUUUGUGUGCUUGUUGUACAAAGUAUCCUGGUCUCUUUUAAGUUGUGUGUGUGUGUCACGUAAAUGUGGUCAUUGGUUAUUACGUUACCUUCCUUCCUUCCGAGCAUGAAAAAUAGCAUGAUGAGCUGAACCUCGGUUUGUGUGCCUGAAUCACUAAAACAAAUUUCUGAUGAUUGUUGAAUGAACUAAUGCAUGUUAAAACUGGUUACAUGUGUUCAUAUGAUCACAGGGUCGUACCAGUUUGAUUUUGUUCUGACCGUUGUUACCGUCUUCAUGAGAAAUUAAAACCAUUUUAG